CGAAAGCCGUAGCAGGAAGUGAGAGCAGCUGAGGGGGGAAACGGCGGCCAGUCUGGGAUUUGAAUCUAUCUAACUACUUCCAUAAUCUACAAACAUCUAAAUUAAUAUGGCAGACCCGAAGGACCAGGAAGAGCAUGACACCACUGCAGAAAAUGUAGAAGACUCUAAUCAUGAUCCCCAAUUUGAGCCGAUCGUGUCCCUUCCUGAGCAGGACGUGAAAACAUUAGAGGAGGAUGAGCAGGAACUCUUUAAAAUGCGGGCUAAACUAUAUCGUUUUGCCUCUGAGAACGACCCACCGGAGUGGAAGGAGAGAGGAACCGGUGACGUCAAGCUGCUGAAACACAAAGAGAAGGGCACAAUCCGCCUGCUGAUGAGGAGAGACCGAACCUUGAAGAUUUGUGCCAAUCAUCACAUUGUACCUACCAUGGAGCUGAAGCCCAAUGCUGGCAGUGACAGGGCAUGGGUGUGGAACACACUAGCAGAUUAUGCCGACGAAAGUCCCAAACCUGAACUCCUGGCAAUACGCUUUUUAAAUGCAGAAAAUGCUCAAAAGUUCAAGGGGAAGUUUGACGAGUGCAAGGAGGAGGUCAGAAAAACUCUGGAGGGAACAGGCAACACUGAUAGCGCAAACAAAGUGGCAGAGAAGCUGGAGGAACUCUCCGUAAAAGACAAGGCGUCGGAUGAAAAGAAAGAGGUCAAAAAGGAGACUGAGAAGAAAGAAGAUGAGGAAAAGGAGGUGAAGGCUGAGAAGAAUUGAGAAACAAGAACUUGCUUUGCUGAUUUUCAAUUUAUCAGUUUUCCUCUUUUUCUACAAUAGACUCUAAAUGAACUGAAUUUGGACACUUGCAUAUUAUUAGUUUUUUAUUUUUAUUAUUUGUUUUGCCUCAAGAUCACAAGUCCUUGAUGCCACUGAGGGGAAAAUACAAGAUAGCGAAUUUAUGAAAAACAAAAAAAAACACGAAGCCGACCCCUUUCCCUCUUUGCACCACACCAUGGACUGCACCGCUUUCCAUCCUUGUCGUCAACGGUUCAAUGUUACAUUUAACAAACUGUGAACAGAGGCUUGUGAUAGUGAUAAUUCCCACAUUGGGGUAUUUUUUUUGUUUUGUUAUUCUGAAGCAGAGUUUGUUUGUAGGGGGAGAGGAUAAUGUAGCCUGCUUGUUAGCAGCACAGAGUCAGGGGACCAGGCAUUAUGGAGGUGCAUUAUACGUAUAACAUCCCAUGAUGCACCUCAGUGGGCCUUCUUACCCUGUCCACUGUCCACGCUUCCACUGCUAGAAACAAGUACGGUGAAGACUUCAGUGGUUGCCUUGUAGAAGUAGUUCUUUCUUGGUUUCUCCUUUCAUUAGUUCUGUUGGGAACUGAAUAGAAGAGGAAUCCACUCCAGACAGUUGAGUGGCAUCAGAUGUGUACUGCAGAUCGCAGUGUCCACUGACGGCUAACUGAUAGGAGAUCAGAUGCACUUAGAGAAGCAUUUCCUUUUUUUUUUUCUUUUUUUUUUUUUUGAAUUAUCUGAAAACCAUGAAGUCCAAAGUCAACGGUUCAUCAGAGUUUGGUGCAGCUAUGCUCUGACUUAAAUCUCUCCUUCUUUAGAUCAUAACAUUCCCAGACUUAAAGCAUGUAGAGUAUAUGUAACAGCGUGUGCCCUAUCUGAUCUGUGUGCUCACCACCCUCUCCUUUUCCUUUCCACUAAUUGAGUUCUUAACCUUGCCUCUAAAGUGCCAGUGCAUCUGUAAAUACAUGUAUAUGGAUGAAAUGUUGCUUUUCAUUUGCACUCAAAUGAUUGGAAAUGUUUCCUCCACCUUCGAAUAAAAGCUGUCAAAGACCA